GCAUAUGGAAGUUGGCGUGCAGCCGUACUUGUUUCUUAGCUAGCUUCUUUAAUUUACCCACUCGGUAGGUGCAGCCUGCACCGUACUGUAGGGUCUUCCUGCCAGUUAUCGAAAGUUUUGUCUCCUUCCUAGCCUAGCCACACUUCCUUUUUAUCAAUUUAAUAUGCCCUAGAAGAUGUACGUACGUUGUCUACUAGCUAAACUUUGUUGCCCUUGCUUUACUUAACUUUGCCUUUAAUUGUGUGUGUGGGUUUGGAUUGGUUUGGUUUAUUUAGGAUUUUUUUGAGAUAGCUAGCUAGGCUAGGCUAGGCUAGGCAAGAUGGAUUGAUACAUGGAACGUGUGAGUGACGGUGAUCUAUAUUAGCUAGGAUUAUUGGAAUGGGGGCGGGGGAUGAUAUUAAUUAAUUAAUUAGUUAGUUAGUUUAGUGGUUGGGAGGUUGAGAGAGGAGCUGAGGCUGAGGAUGCGAUCUGUAGAGGAUAAAGGGUGGUUGAACAACGAUAAUGGCGAGAGCGAGAGCAGUAUUGUUGAUGAGAUCUCGGGGUGGACGAACUGUGUGAAUUUUGAGUUCCAGAAUGGGAAUGGCGGAUUAUUAUUGACGCGGACACCUUCGCAGCACCAGCAGCAGCAGCGCAUAGCCAUGGGGAAGCCGACGCCGUCCAAGUGGGACGAUGCGCAGAAAUGGCUAGUCAAUCAGAAACAUCCUGCAGCAGCAGCCAAGGCCUCCCCGCGCAACUCCAACGCCGAGGACCGACGACUGAUCGCCCCCCAAGUGCCCAAGAAGGAUUCCGACUCUGACUCCGAAAAUCAGUUGGAGGAGACCACUAAGAAUAUUGUGGUGAACUGCAGCGACACGACGACGAUCACCAGAAGCAGCAUGUGGAGAAUGAACAAGCAUGAUGAUGAUGAUGAGGUUGUGAAUAAGUGUGUGAGUGUGCGAUCACCCAUGAGUAUGACUAUGAGGGACACGGGGACAGAGAUGACGCCCAUCGCCAGCCAGGAGCCAUCCCGAACAGCCACGCCCAUCAGGGCCACUACCCCCGCCGCAACAACCCCCAUCUCUUCCCCUGUCAGGGUCAGGGUCAGGGAAACCAAUAACCAUAAUCAAAAUAAUUAUGUGACGAGGACAGCUGGCGCCGCCGAAUCGGUAGACAGGGAGAGCAAUACUACCACCGCUACCGCUACUGUUACAACAGGAAGCAACGCGGCUGCCGGUACUGGUAACAUAAUUAGUAGUAACACUAAUAAUAAUAAUAAUAAUAAUGCGCUGGAAAGCCGGGCUUUGGCUUGGGAGGAGGCCGAGCGCGCCAAGUACAUGGCAAGGUACAAGCGCGAGGAAAUGAAGAUUCAGGCAUGGGAGAAUGAGCAGAAGAGGAAAGCCGAAAAGGAAAUGAGGAAGAAGGAGGUGAAGGCAGAAAGAAUGAAAUCAGGGGCGCAGGAGAAGUACAGGAACAAAGUGGGAGCAGCACGGCGGAUGGCGGAGGAGAGACGGGCUAAUGCGGAGGCCAAGUUGAAGGAGAAGGAAGUGAAAACAUCGGAGCAGGCAGACUACAUCCGAACAACGGGACAUCUUCCCUCCUUCUCCUGCUCGCCCUUUUCCAUCUUCAAGUUCAGUACGGGUAACACUAGUAGUGGUAAUUCUUCCUGCUGCUGCACCUGGUAGCCACACUCAUUCCUGCUCCUGCUCCUGCUCCUUAAUUAUUAUUAUUAUUCAUUUGUAUCAACUUCUCCAACCUAAUAAAUGAUUGUUGAUUAAUGUGCCUUGUCUGAUGUAUAUAUAGUUCUCAUUAUAGUUUCUACA